UGUUGUGUGUCUCUCUCUCUCUCUCUUAUCCUCCUCUGUUCACGCCAUUUACAAAACUGCUUGAAGACGGCAGCUUUGGAGAGAUAGAAUAAAGAAAGAUGUCAGCUUUUGUCUUUGUUCCCACUAUGGCUGUUGGAAUCCCGAAGCUCUCUAGCUCGAGCUCUGCUCACCGGAGCUUGAAGCCAAUGAAGAAAAAGACCAUGAGUCGUGUCAAAUUCGUGACUACCUUCCGAACUCCUUCACCAAGUUCAGGGACAAAACGGUCAUUUCGCGUCAUGGUUUCCGACAACAGAUCGGAACAAGCAGAUAACAACGGGCAAGGAACUCAGGAGGACUUGAGCUACCUGUUGAAGAUAGGAGGUGGUUCUGUACUAGGCGCAGCUAUAAUCAAAUACGGAAGCGUUUUGUUCCCAGAGAUCACAACACCUAACCUCACUCAAGCCCUCUUCAUUAUAUUUGCUCCUGUUGUAAUCUCUGUUAUACUUUUGAUCAGAUCUUCUUCCAAGAACCAGAACUAGCUCAUCUCAUUAUGAAAAGAAAAUUGUCUUGAAGAGUGUAUAAGUUUCUCUAUGAUCUAUAAAUAAAAGUAUUCAGCUUUUC